GCGGUUCUAUUGGUGGUGGUAUUACGCUAGGUGAUAGAUACCUAUUAUUACCCAUUGUUUUUCCUCUUCUCCCCUUUCUGGCCAUUCUUCAGCUUUUUUUUCCCCCUUUCUAAAAGCCAGCGGUCUCAUUUCCGCCUCAACCGUUGUUAAGUCACAGUUUUUCUUUCCCUUCUCACUUCAUUUUUUCUACCCACUCAGCGCGAUGGCAUGCGCUUUGUUCGCACCCAGAGGAGCAGCGACGCUUAAUAGCAUGGUGACGUCCUGGAAAAUGCCGGGAACCUUGCGAGUCAAUGGUCAUGGAAGACGAGGAGACGUCGGCUGCAUCCCCCGAUCGUGGGGCGUCGCGGUGGUGGCUUCAACCCUGUCCAGGGAAUUGCCGACCAGGCUGAUGAUCACACGUCGUCGGUCGAUUGCUGUAGGGGUAUUUGGGGGUCAUUGUCACGCUACCAAGUCUAGCUGGGCAUCUCGUUCCUGGUUGGAUUGGGAUUGUUACUGCUCCCCGUCGUUGACUAGCGUUUCCUGUUCAAAUUGGCCGCCAAGUAGCGCUGAUCGUCCGCCAGCGAGGGGGCGAGUAGGAGGAGGAGGAGGAGGAGGAGGAGGAAGAGGUGGUGGAAAGAUGAUGACAAAGCCGCCGAGCGAUUACUGGCUAGGAUCGGGAUUUUGGACGCAGAGAGGGGUAGGAAAGGGUGCGUUAUUUUCAAAGAAGGGACCAGGUGUCUUCUUUGACGAGGAAGACGAACGAUUGGUCGUAGACCACGGGAGGAGGAGGAGGGAGAGGAGGAGGAGGGGGAAGGUAUGUUACUUGCCGCGUGGGGCGGCAGGGGACGGUAGCGGAGGUGGUGGAGUGUCGUCGAUGGGUUCUCCUGCUGGGAGCGGAAGGGAGGGAGACUCCGGCGGCGGAGCGAUGGACGACGGGUUUGGAGGCCGGGUUGGGGGAGGUGGGGUACUGAAAGGGGGGGUGUUUGGUGGGGGUGGGAAGGGGUCGUCGACGUCGCUGGACGGUCGGCGACCGGGGAUCAGCCGACUUCUAGUUGAGUACAAACUCUCGGAUUUCGACGUCAGCCGCCACGUGGGAGUUGGUUUGGCGGGAAAAGCUGAUGAGGCUGUGUUUGAGGCGGUGGUCACCAAACCGGACAGCCCGAUACGAGGGAAGAGGGUAGUGUUGAGGAAGUUGAGUGGAAGGAGGGCGCGGAGAUGGGGGAUGCGGGCCUUGGAAGUUUUCCCGCGCUUGGUCCGUGGAGAGGAUCGUUAUCACCCCAGCACGACACGGUUGCAUGGAUACAUCUCAUCUCCCUCGUCAUCGUCGGAUGUGACUCUUAAACACGACCCGAGACAGGAGAACGGAGCGAGAAAAAAGGAGGGAGGAGGAGGAGGAGGAGGAAAGGAGGAGGACGAAGAGGACAACGAGGAGCUGUUUCUCAUUCAUGGGUAUUACGGGAAUUAUUCGUUACAUCAGUGGCUGCUGAUGUCUGAUUGGCUGCCACAUCUCGAAGAAAAGCUGGCGGCUGGCAAGAAACUGGCAGGAGAUGGGGGGGUAAUCGGAGGCGGAGGCAGAUCGGAAGUCUCGAGGAAGCUUCUUCUCGUGAGGAUGAUCAUCCGUGACAUCUUGAUUAGCAUUAAUUACCUUCACAACAACGGCUUGGCUCACACAUCGCUAAGGCUGCAAGAUAUCCACGUCAGCGCAGCUGAUCGCCAUGUCAAGGUUGGCCUCUUGGGCAACGCGGUGGAUUUGCCACCACGGUCUGACUAUAGUAGCAGUGGUGGUAAGGAUCCCGACUUCUCCUCCUCCUCCUCCUCCUCCGCCUCCUCCUCCUUCUCAUCAUCAUCAUCUUCCACGUCAUCGACGUGGUCUUCGUCAGCGGUGAACAUGGAAGCGAUCCGAAGGAAGGUAAUGAUAUCGAGGGACAUCAAGUGUGUUGGGGUCGUGAUGGCGAGGAUGGUCUUGAGCCAGCUGCUGGCGGAAGCGAACUUUGCCAAGUUUCGGGCUUUCCUCCGACAGGGUAAUGACCCUGCCACUCUGCGGGAGUUCAUGCUACCGAUGAUCCGCGAUGUCAGGGGGAGGAAGAAGAGAAGAGGGGGCGAGGAAUGGAGGAGGAGCGGCGGGAUGGAAGUCGAAGAGGAGGAGGGUGGGGAAGAAGAUCACGUGAUAGGCCUGCAGAUCUUGGACAGAGAUGGUGGUGCGGGAUGGAGCUUGUUGGGAGCGUUGUUGGCGGCCAAUCCGUCGGAGAGAAUCAGCUGUGCCGAAGCGUUAAGACAUCCGUUUCUCUGUGGGCCAAGAUGGACCACAGGACCGAGCCUAGAAUUUACACGCUGGGUCAUAGGCUCGGCGGCGGGUCGGAUAGUAGAAAGGUAUAUGUACCUGAACCAGCAGAGAGAGAGACUUUGGCAGUUGAUCUCCACGCUGGAGCGAAUGAACGGUGCUGGAUCAAGCUGGUGCAACCAGCUCGUGCGCUCAUCUCUCUUCCGUCCUCAUCCUCCUCCACUCCCUGCCGCUCACGUCGCAGCUAAGGAGGGCCAACCUAACAGCAACAGCGCGUCGCCUGCCGCACACUCAUCCCGCCUUAAACCCCCCACAGGUAGCAUCAACAACAGUAGUAUUCCAUGGCAGUGGCGCUUGGCUUAUCACACUGGUCGACUCGUCGGAUUAACGAGGCGAAAGCCAUCCCCUCACGUUCGUAUGGGGCAUGUCAUGAUGACCAUCUCGCGGCAGCAAGCCGAUUUCGCGCCUUCGUCUUCGUCUUCAUCUUCUUCUGCGUCUUUAUCCACGUCUUCGUCUCGUGGCGUUGGCUUAUCCGUCGAAGUGGUGGCCAGGUUCACUAUCAUGCCGGAAAGUGAGCCAUGGCCGCACGAUAAGAGUGGAAUGAAGGGUACCUUACGCGUCCGCAGCGGAAGCUGUUACGGUUUCUUAACGACCACGGAGGCAGGGGCAGGGGUUGUGGGGGGGAGGGAAAAGGGGGGGGGGAAAGGGGGGGGGCGAGUUGUUCGGGGAGGAGAGUCUACCCCGACACUACAGCGUCCGAGCGCAAUCGAUGGAUAUAUCAGCGAUGGGCGACAGAAAAUCACUGCGGUGGAACUGCCAGUGGAGGGGCAAAAGGGCCUUCGGGGUGAUGGAGAUGGUACUGGGUACGGUUCCGAGAGGAGGGGGGAGGAGGAGGAGGAGGAGGAGAGUGAAAAUUUGAGGGGUAACCAGGAACGAGAGCUUGCCGAAGAUGCAGAGGGAGAGAGAGGUAGCAGUCCUUCCGUAGGUAAGGAGAGUAGUCGGCGCAAAAUUGAUCAACGACGAACUACUUCUAUUUCCUCUCGAAGUUGGCUGAGGAGAAGAAAUGCACCUCUGCCUUCAUCUGUUAGAGAUGGUUUGCACCUAAAUGAUGAUGAUGAUGAUGAUGGCGAUGGCGAUGAUGCGAAUGGUAAUGGGUUGAGUCCUGUACUGCGCUUCGAUUUUGGAACAAACGGAGAGGAUGAAGAGUCCAUAUCUGUGGAGUUGGACUAUCGCGGCAAGGACGUGGAUUUUAUGAUGAGGAUUCUUAACGAGGUCCAGCGUCAGCUUCCUAUGGAUUUAUUUCACGUCUCCAGACUGGCCUGCGUGACGUACAUUGAUAAUCGCAUGCUUAUAGUCCGAGGCAUCAGCGGUACAGCCAUGCUUUUCCUGAAAUCCACUGGCAUAAAUUCAGACGAUGGGAAUGAGCGUCGAAAGCCAUCAUCAUCAUCAUCAUCAUCGCCACUAUCGUCCUCAGAGUGAACUAAUGCUUGACCCAGCUUGGGCUGUGGCUCCGCGGUAGGCUUGUGUACUCCAUGUAAUUGAUCCCCUUCGGAUGCACGGAUGUGACGGUGCAACAGUUCCGCCGCAGGUCAUAAAAAGGAUUUUUUUUUCUUUUUUUUUUUCUUUUUUUAAGCAUUGCGGGUUGUUUCCCGGCCAUGUAUUCCGGGGAAUUUGGCGGACCCACCCAUCCAUUUAGAGGGCAAGGUGAUUGCUGUACGGGGCUUGCAAACGGGAACAGAUUCACUUCACCAAAACGGGAAAAAAUGCCAUGACGAAGAGCGUUGAGGUGGGGAGAUGGCAGCAAAGAGGGGGGGGGGCGCGCGGGGGAGGCAGCGGGAAAAGAGGAGGAGGAAAGCUGAUAGCGAAAGCUGAUAGCUUUGUUUCUUCCUUUCUUUAUUUUUCUAUCCCUCUCGGUUCUGAAAGGCAAUGUAAUCCCCCAGAAUAGAGUGGGAAUGUGACCUGCCGCCGGCUGCAGUGUCUAGCGUCAUCACACGAAUAGAACGCCCGGUCAUUGCUACUGCAUCUAGACUGGAAGGUCCGCCAUAUACAGAUGUAAUGAGCGGGCGUUUAAUUCGGGUGAAAACGGUAGUAGCGUUGUGCCAAGGUCUUGCCGAGGGUAGCGAGGGUAUGCUGCACAUAGCUUUAGAAAAUUUUACUUUUCUCUGAAGUUUCCCACGAUGUUCCUGUUUUUUUUUUUGUUUUUUUUUUUUUGUUUUUUUUUUCCCCACACACUCCCCCUCCACUUUUCUCUUGUUCUAUUCACCAUGAAAGUCGGGUGACAGCAGCAGCACGCGGCUGGGAGAAGGGUUGACACUGACGUCAACUGCCUGCAACGUUUUUGCUGGCUGUGCUCUCAUCUUCCUGGUAAGUGUAAUUUCCACCGUAAUCACAGAGGAAGUAUAGACGGUUGGGUUAGGAUGGGAAAGCCGGAGAAGGUGGUUGCCCGUCUAUUCCCUCCCUCCCUCCCUCCCUCCCUUCCUUCUCUGUGAUCCUCCUGCUCACCUCGCGAUGUGAUUUGUACAUUCUGUUCAUCCUUUUUAUCUCAAUUCGAAUUUAGAUUGUUUUCAUAAUUUCCUUCUUAUGCCUCCCAAUCCGAAUUUUAGGCACGUUGUUUGUAGAACAAUAAACAGCCGUUUGUAAG